AUGGCAGAACCAACCGUCCACUCUCUGUUCGAGCCAGUCACUGGUACCUGGCAGUACAUUGUCUCAGAUCCGAACAGCAAGAGUGCUGUCAUCAUCGACCCAGUCCUGGACUAUGACCCCGUCAAGGCUGCAGUUUCGACGGCAUCUGCUGAUGCCAUUCUCAAAACAGUCAGAGACAAUGAGCUUAAAAUCGAGAUGAUCUUAGAGACCCACGCUCACGCUGAUCAUUUGACUGCGGCGUCAUAUCUUCAGUCAGCUCUUGCCAGUAGUCAAGGUUCAAAGCCACUCAUCGGCAUUGGAAAGCUUAUCCGCCAGGUUCAGAACUUGUUCGGAGAACGAUAUUGUAUCGACCCAAAAGAAUAUGAUACUGUUUUCGAUAAGCUGUGGGAAGACAAAGACGAGUUCACCAUUGGCACUCUGACCGCUCGUGCUGUCCAUCUCCCUGGUCAUACGCCAGAUCACAUGGGAUAUCAUAUUGGCAAAAACGUCUUUGUUGGCGAUUCCAUAUUUCACGUUGACAUCGGCUCCGCCCGCGCCGACUUCCCCGGUGGCAGCGCUGAAGCCAUCUUCAACUCUGGCCGCAAGCUUCUUGCACUACCAGAAGAUACAAAGAUCUGGGUAGGACAUGAUUACCCACCAGCUGGCCGAGAAGCCCCGGUUCCUUUCGCGACAGUAAAGGAACACAGAGAGAACAACAAGCAUCUCAAGGAUGGAAUGCGUGAGCAUGAGUUCAUUGAGAUGCGACGAAAGCGUGAUGAGUCACUUGCUGCACCUCGAUUGAUCCAUCCUUCUUUGCAGGUCAACAUUAGAGGUGGGCGACUCCCUGCGCCGAACCCGGCAGGGCUGAAGAUGAUUCAUCUACCAGUGACGGCAGCGAAACAAGUUAAAGUAUAA